AUGUCUGCCACCGUUGGGGCCUCUACGGGGCGCAAGGACCGGGAGUACGCGGUCUCCGUCUUCGCUGGCUGCUUCGCUGGCUUGUGUUCCACGUGUGUCACAAACCCACUGGACACCAUCCGCGUCCGUCUCGCCGCGAGCCGCAGUGCCACCGGAAGGUCGCACAGAAGCCUUGUCUACACCGUGAAGGAUCUUUUUGGUGAGGGUGUCGUGCACGCCUUCUCUCGCGGUUUGGGCGCGAACAUGAUGGCGUCCCUUCCCUCUAACGGCAUUUAUCUGCCAUCAUACCGUUUCCUGCAGCAGGAGCUCGAAGUUCUUGGCUUCGACGAACGCGUCAGGCCUGUUGUGAGCGCACUCGGUGCUGUGUGCGCAACGAACCUGACACUUGCCCCUCUUUUUCUGGUGCGCACGCGUGUACAGGUGGACGAUAGACUGACGAUACGUCAGGUUUUCAGGGACGUCCUGCACCGCGAUGGUGUGGGCGGAUUCUACCGCGGCACACUGACAAACAUUGGCGGGCGCUUCGUUGAGGAAGCUCUCUUCUGGAGCAUCUACGAGCUUCUGAAGCGCCUGACCAACGAGGGCUCAUUUCAUGACAAGGGGAGCUUCUUCAUGGCCUCGGCGGCGAUGUUGUCGCUCACAAUGUUUUCAAAACUCGCGGCAGCCACAUUGGCGUACCCGUACAACGUCGUCAUGACACACUUGCGCACUGUCAACCACGUGACAGGAAAGCACGAGCACACACAGUUUAUCCAGACCGUAAGGCACGUUUACCGCGAUGAUGGCAUUACCGGCUUCUACAAGGGCCUAUCCCCGCAACUGCUGCGCAGCGUCAUCAGUAAAGCGACACAAAUAUACGCGUUUGAGGUUGCAAUGUACGCGUACUACUGCGUCAGUACACGGACGUCGCCCACACUUACCUCUGUCACUGCUGCGGCAGUGUCAGAGACGGAGUGA